AUGUUGCAGUUACCAACAGAAAUCCAGCUUCUUAUCAUACAACAGCUUGACCAUGAGAAUCUCUCAAAUCUGGCCCUCACCUCACAUUGUUUCUGCACCCUAGCCACCCCUCUGCUUUACCAGAACCUCGACAACAGCAUCCACAACUUGGACCGAGUAGUAGAUACCCUGGGACGAAAUCCGUCACUCCGCGAAUAUCCCCGCUCCCUCAGAAUCGAGGCAUGGGAUCCGAAUCCGGCUCGGGAGGGAGAGAUAGAGUUGAUCGAUCCCGAGGAGGAGGACGCAGACUACUGGGGGUACCGAACCGGAUUGCUCUGCCGUCUAGCCAAGGCCGCAUCUCCCUCUAAGGAGGAAGGUGUUUCCUGGGCUCGCGACAUUAGGGCUGAGGAUUCAGAUGCGUGGAUUGCGCUGCUUCUUAUGUUUACACCUCGUCUGACUAGGCUCAGUGUGCAGUUCCCCGAGGCCGGUCGGUGGGUGCAGCGCGUUAUAGAGUGGACUCUGCGCAGGCAGUUUGCUGAUGAACUUCCCCUGCAGCAUGUGCAGGAUGUGUAUAUAUCAGCGCGAUGGUUUGAGUUCCAGGGCGACAAUGAGCGCGUCACCCAGUGGACGCUGAUGUUCCUGGGCUUACCGGCCCUGCGCCGGAUUGCUACAGACGGACUUUCUGGUGACGAUGAGGAGACGGCAAUCACAUGUUCAUCGUCAGUCACUCACAUCGCAAUCGAUUGUUGUAAGGGUCUGCAACACCUCGACAGGCUAGUUGCGAAUUGCCCCAAACUGGAGUCCUACCGGCACUGGUAUCAUCCACAGUCUUCGUGCAGACACAUACUCGAUCCCCGAGACUUUUACCCUGCUCUGCUGCGUACCAGAGAUACGCUUAAAGAGUUGUGGCUGGACAUAUUUCCUGGCUUCGUCAUUGAAAACGAAUAUGGUGUCCAUUGGCCGUCGUUCAGGGACUUUACCGUUCUCGAGCUGCUCCAUGUCCCCAUCUUUCUUCUUGGAGACUAUAAAGACAAUCCCGCAAAUCUUGAACCCAUUUUUCCCUCAUCUCUCAAGUCCCUCCAUGUAACCCAGGUUGACAAAUGGACUCUCUCUUCACUCCUGAAAUCACUCCUGGACUACAUCCCUACCACGCCCUCUCAAUUCAGAGAACUCAUAAUCGCGAAUAUGACUAUCCCGACUUUCCGGAGCGCCACCAUGGCGGCUGUUGAAAUGCACACGCGCACGCCGGACUUGACACCAGCUGAGCGCGCCGCACCGGUGAUACGAUAUGCUUCAGAGCUGCCAGAUCUGUGCAGGCAGCGCAAUAUCCGCUUUGGGAUCUAUGGGGAUCAGGAUCAGUCUUUGGAGUGUUGGACGCUUCCGGAUCCGUUUGAGUAUGCGCGGUAG